GGGGGUCCGUGGGCUGAAGCCGGAGCAGCGCUGCAGCCCAGGGGGGAGCGGGGUUGUUCACGCCUUCAUCCGACGAAGAGGAGUCCCUGGAGCUGGAGAGGAGAGAGGGGCAGAAGAGAAACAUUUUGGUUAAAAGCCCUGGUUGCAGCGAUGCGGCGGUGCAGUUGUUGGAGUUUAGCCCCAGCCACACCUGCCCGGGUGUGAGCACGGAGAUGUCGGGCUCCACACUUUCCUCUGGCUGAAGUUACUUAAAUCAACUGAUCUGGGAGCAAAACCAGAAGCAUGCGGUUUACACGACUGUUUGUGUGACAGGACCGGCUCAGCCAAACAGAGGAAAGACUGGCCUUGUUACCAGCAGGAUUUGGACCUGAACGGCCCACAUGCCAGGACAUUCAGACUCCUUUGCUGCAGGAAAGCUUCUGCUCUGACUAUGAAGUGUGAUGGCCAUCACCCUCUCUCCUCUUGCUUGCAUGUCCCGGCGGGAUGCAUACCGUGUUACUGCCGUGCAGCCUCCCAUCUUCACAGUUACAUCCAGCCCUGACCCCACGGCAUGGAGCUUGUGAAAAUUAAACAGAGACCACCAUGUGCUGGGGAACAAGAUGCCCAUGAAGUUUAAUUUCUCUUAGCCUUAAAAGAAAAACUGAGGAGUAAGAGUUAUGGAUCCUUUAUACUUUUCCAACACAUUUAGCACAGAAGCUAGUUCCAGCGACGUGAAUUCCUCACUGCUGACAAAUGUGACAGAGAAUGGGACACUCUCAGAGCAGCCCUCAUUCAAAUACAUCCACAAAGUCCUGAUUCCCAUCUGUUACCUCCUUGUAUGUGCAGUCGGACUCAGCGGCAACACGUUGGUCAUUUAUGUGGUUUUGCGCUAUGCCAAGAUGAAAACCGUCACCAACAUAUACAUCUUGAAUUUAGCUGUUGCCGAUGUACUCUUCAUGCUGGGCCUGCCCUUCCUGGCCACCCAGAACGCCAUCUCCUACUGGCCUUUUGGCUCCUUCUUGUGCAGGCUGGUUAUGACUGUAGACGGUAUUAACCAAUUUACUAGUAUUUUUUGUUUGACUGUGAUGAGCAUGGACCGCUACCUGGCAGUAGUUCAUCCCAUUAAAUCAACCAAGUGGAGACGUCCCAGGGUGGCCAAGCUCAUCAGCGUGACUGUCUGGACAUUCUCUUUCUUGGUGGUGCUUCCAGUCAUCAUCUUUUCAGAUGUGCAGGAAGACUUUCACACCUGCAACAUGAACUGGCCAGAGCCCGUCAACAUCUGGUCAGCAGCGUUCAUCAUUUACACAUCGGUCCUUGGUUUUUUUGGUCCUUUGUUGGUGAUCUGUCUCUGCUACUUGCUGAUUGUGAUUAAAGUCAAAUCUUCAGGGAUCCGAGUUGGGUCUACGAGGCGCAGGAGAUCAGAGAGGAAGGUGACCAGGAUGGUGGUGAUCAUUGUGGUGGUCUUUGUGUUUUGCUGGCUCCCGUUUUACAUGAUGAACAUUGUCAAUUUGAUAUUUAUACUGCCAGAAGACCCUGUGUUGGUAGGGGUGUACUUCUUUGUGGUGGUCCUGUCCUAUGCAAACAGCUGUGCCAACCCCAUUCUUUAUGGAUUUCUUUCUGACAACUUCAAGCAGAGUUUUCAGAAAGUCCUUUGCCUCCAAAAGGGCAAUGGUGUAGAGGAUGGUGACCCCAUUGAACACAGGCAAGAGAACAGCAGCCGCUUGCAGGAAUCGAUGCUAACCCAGAGAAAUAUUGAAUUCAAUGGACAUAUGCAAACUAGCAAGGUCUAAGGGCAUGGUUUGGUACUGCAAAGCACUUGUAGACCUGGAGAACUUGAGGACUUAAAGGACAGUGGGGUUCAUAGCAAAGCUAAAAUCUGCAGACCCACAAGCUCAAAUAAAUGUACAUAGACUUCUCUUCGCUCCCCUCCCUUUCCCAGCUAAAAGUGUUAUGGGCUAUACUGGGCUGUGUAAGCUCUUACGGUGUUUUAGCUGAGUCAGAUGUGUGUUACCACUUUCUGUACUCUAGAGAACUGAUUUACUGGUACACACUGCCAGCUUUGUACUGCUCUAGUGAUGCAAAACAACACUAAACCUGUUUUAACUACCUUGUUAAGCUGAGUUUAUGGCUGCUUUGCACUGUUGGGAUCAGCUCAAAGCAGAAAACAGCUCAGAUAAUAUCUUUGGAAGUCUUCAAGGGGAUCUCUUAAAAGAAAAACACUAUUUCUUAAGAGGAAGUUUCAUACAAAAGAGGCCACAGCACUGAUCUUAAAAUUGUGUAUGAACCAUGGUUCUAGAGUGCUGUGUAGUCCAUUUACAUUGUUUUACUGUCAUUAACCCAUGGAAGAGAUUCAUAGUAUUCAGGAAUCUUUCAAACACAAAAAGAAAGAAUAAAAACAAAACUAGGAAAACAUUGUUGAAAGGAUUCAAUGUAUUCAUAAUACUUUCACAUUCUAAACCAAACUGCAUAUAAAAUGUAAUGUAACCACUUUAUUAUUAUGUAAGUGACGAUGAUUGUGAAGUCCUGGAAAGCUGUUGUGUAUAUGUAUUGGUUCUGAAUUUAAGUAUGGAUGUGAAUAUAAACUGUAUUUUCAGAAAUUAAAACAAGUUCAAUCCC